GAACAUGUAUCUUCAUUUCAAUUCGCGCUGAAGACGACUCCCUCUUCUUCGCGGGAAGCAUCCGUGGUCUUUCCAUUCGGGUCCUCGUAGCGACCCAUAACCAUCUACUUUCAGCUUCCUUACCCAUAAUUUCCACUUCCACUUACCAAAAAUCCCUCCUUUUCCAUUCAUCUCCACAACUGGCUCACCUGGUAUUUCGUCUCAAUACCAUCCCCAAAACUCUAGGUGGUCCCGCCGAUGGCCCCUGCUCUAACCGCCAGCCGACGGCGAUGGAUCUUCGUCCUCGCCGCCGCUGGGAUCUCCGGCUACGGUGCCUACAGAUUCUAUCACCUCCCUUCUGUCUCAGCAAAACGCCGGAAGCUCGUCAAGCUCUUCACGGCCCUCUUCUCCGUUGCGGAGGCUAUCUCCUCUUCAGCCGACGCCGUCAGUCUCCUAACUUCCGAUCUUAAACACUUCCUCCGGUCCGAUUCCGACGAGAUCCCCCUAAGCCUCAAGCAACUCGCUAAAGUCGCGCGAUCCGAUGAGUUUUCAACAUCAAUUUCUAGACUUUCCGAUGCCCUAGCAGUCGGAGUCAUUCGAGGGCUUCACACUGCAUCGGAUUCUCCUGUAACAGAAGCUCAGACCAGCUCAAGCUUCUCUGAUAGGCUUCUCGACAAGCUUUUCUCUGAUAAAGGAUCCGGUUUUGCCUCGGUGGUGGUCGGAAGUUUCGCAAGGAGCAUGGUGAUGGCCUUAUAUUGCAGAGGAGAUGCAAUUGAUUCUUGCGAUGUGCCAGCUUGGGUCAAUUUGAUGUGCACGGACAAGUGUAGGGAGCUGAUUGCCAGCAGCAUUCAGCUUUUUGUGAGAACUGCUGUGUCUGUUUACCUGGACAAGACUAUGGACGUCAACACUUAUGAAGUCUUGUUCUCCGGCCUCACAAACCCCAGACACGAGGCUAAGGUCAAGGACAUCUUGGUUUCUGUUUGCAAUGGUGCUGUGGAAACAGUUGUAAAGACUUCUCAUGGGGUGCUGAGCCGUUCAAAGUCAAGUUCAUCGAUGACUAGUAGGAACGAUCUCAACCAAUUUGGUUUGUUUCAAAGUUUGAAGAGUUCUGGUGAUAUCAAGAGCAAGUAUAGUAGUGGAUGGGUUGAGCAGGUUUCAUCAGUUUUAGCAGUUCCGAGCAAUAGACAGUUUGUUCUUGAUGUGACUGGUAGAGUGACAUUUGAGUCUGUGAGAUCUUUUGUUAAAUUUGUCAUGUGGAAUCUACAAGAUGGUAUGAAGAGGAGUAUGAAUGUUGUUAGUGAGAAAGUUGUCGAAAGGGGCAUGGAUGUGAUGAGGUACUUGUGCUCCAAGGCUAUGCUUGCUUUCAGUUUAUGUAUUGCACUCUGCCUGGACAUUGCAGGUGGAAAGAGAAUUUUGUUGGCUGCGUAAUUUGCAAGUGAUCAUGUCACUAUGCAGCUGAGCAUUUAUUUUUGACACGAUGCUUCUUAGAAGUGUUCAUUCAAUGAAAGUUUUACGCAAAGGCCCCUUACAGUACUGAAGUCAUUUGUUUUGAUGUCCUCUUCAAUACAGUGGAGAGAAUCUUCAAAAGACGUAUUUGAAUUUUUUAAUUCUUUUAUAAUAAUUUCAUGGGGAAUUAUGGAAUUGCCGUACAAUUUCUUCGGAGAAUCUCAACUUCUCUUCAACAAAAUUGGCCUGGUUUUUCAAGUCUUCAUUUCUGGUUUGGCAUGCAUAUCUAUAAAUCUAUUUAAAUUUGCUUCUAAGUCAUUUGUGCUUCAAUCUUUGAUUUAUUUCAAUAGAGAUUUUUGCAUUUUUUAUUGAUCAGUUUCAGUAACCUCUCGUUCAUAGUUUGGGCAUCUUUCAAUUGUUGUUCACUUGUUGAAUACUGAUAUGCGCUAUCUACUUGGCUUAAUCUACAAAGAUAUUCAACUUAGAAAAUGCAAUUUUUCUUAUGUUCUUUACUAUUUCGAGCCUGUUGUUUGCAUGGUGAUGGUUGUGCUUAGCUGUCUCAUGACAUUGCUAUACACAAGCUCGAGUACAUGGUUCCCAACUAGUUCUCAAGAUUUAUGAUCUUGCCAAUGAUUUUUUUAGUAAAAUACUCCUAAUCAGCUUGGAACUGAGUCAAUUCAACAAUAUGCAUAUCAAGCUGACUUGGGUUAUUAAUUUUUAAAAAUAAUUUAUUGGGCAUAUUCAUUGUGGCAAUUUUUCCCAUCCCUGUGCCACUUCAGAAUUACUUCAACAUCUGCAAAAUCAAUUCAAAUUUUUUCAAUAUGAGUUUAAUCUACUUAGAUAAUUGUAACAAUAAUAGCUGAGAUGCAAACAAUGAUACUAAUUUACCUUUUUCAAAUAAAUUGAUUGGGUUUAUGAAAAUAGGAAUGGAGGUUUCUUCAUGUCAAAAUCCUUUGCUAUUAUUGAUAGGUCGUGAACAGUUUCAAUAGCACCCACCGCAAGAUCCUUAUGUAUACAUUACGGCUCAACAGCCCUAUUCACUUGGGGAUCAUCUCAGAUAGCUGCUCCAUCCCCUUUGUUAACUCUCUCUUGGUGUGAAUUCUUGGGCAGUGACAAAGUUGUGCAAGGGAAAGUCAAAUUAGAAGUGACAAUUAUAAUUUCUAUUAAUGUGAAAUGUAUCGGAGGACCUAUUUUUAUUUAGUUUCAUGUGGGCUUCGAUUUUUUAUUAUCAUUAGAUUUUUCACAUUUUUAAAACUUAAAAAAUGUCUAGUGUCUAGUAGGAGAAUUUCUAAGACAUUUCUUUUUGUAAGAGAAUGAUCUUCAGUUUGUUUUUCUAUGAAUGAUAUUUUUUUAGAUAUCUCCCAUUGAUCAGAGGCAUAAGUCGUCAAUCUUCCAUAUUGAUGAGUUGAUAGGCUUCUCCCUAGUACACCUUCUUGAUGACAAAAGGGUCUUCCCAAUUUGAUUCGAAUUUACUAUCAAUACUUCGAUGUGGGAUAAUUGGUUUUCUCAGCACCAGGAUUAAUUCUUCUUCUUGAAAUGCUCAAUGGCGUACCAUACGGUAAAAAAAUUUUACCAUUCUUACUCGAUAAAUUUUUAAUUUUCGUUGAGCUUGGAGCUUGACUUCAUCUAGUGCAUCAAGUUCUUCCAUUCACAAGCAAGCAUUUUGUUCUUCCGUGAGGUCAUACUAAACAACUACUUGAAGUGACGACAAUUCAAUUUCAAGUGGUAACACAGCUUCAGCUCCAAACACUAGUGCAUAAGGAUUUUUUUUUGUUGGUGUCUUGUAUGUACUAUGAUAUGCCCAUAAUGCUUUAGUAUUGUUGAAACUUGUUCAAUAUGAAUUAGGUUGUUAAACCUAAGCUUAUGUUCCAGUGGAUAACCAAGAGGGAGGGUGAAUUGAUAAUUAAAAAAUUAAUCCCUCUUUUAAAAAUUUAAA